AACCGGCGCGGGGGAAUGGGGCUUGUGACCGGAGGAGCGGGCAAAGUGCAGGCGGCGGGGGGCUGCCGGCCCCGAGUGCGCAGCGACGCCCCCCGGGGGAGGCUGGGGCUGUGCAGCGCCCCCGGGAGGCACCGGCUGCGCCACCCCGGUGUGCGGCCGCGGGCAGGGUUGGGGGCUGCUGGGCGGACCUGCCCCCCUCCAGCAGCAGCAGCAGCCGGAGCUGUGAGGCGGGGGUGGGGGGCAGCCGGAGGGUCCCGGCUCCAUCCCUCGAGGGGGGAAGACUUGGGAGACCCCGUGCUGACAGGGCAGGCAGCCCCCGCCGGCGGGUCCGGGCGGCUCUGCCCGCUUCCUCCGAAGGGCCCAGCCCAGAAACUAGUCUUCAACAGAGUGAACGGCAAGAGGCCGCAGGUGCUGCUGCAGCAGGUCUCGGCUCCCGAGGAGUGCUACACGCUGGCCCAUGAGGAGAACGUCCGCUUUGUCUAUGAAGCCUGGCAGCAGGUAGAGCAGCAGCUGGAUGGCAGCCGGAGUGGGGAGAGCGCCUGUGGCCCCGUGCAGUAUGUAGAGAAAACCCCCAACCCUGAACUGAUGAAAAACUUUGUUCCCAUUGACCUGGAGGAGUGGUGGGCACAGCAAUUUCUAGCCAAAAUUGAAAAUUGCACAUAAAAGGGAAGAAAGGUUUGGGUUUGUUUUUUUUUUUUUGUUUUUUUUAAGAGAAACAAAUCUGAGACCAUCUGGUCAGAGCCCAGAAUUGGUGGGAUUUUAGAACCACGUUUUUAAAAGAUGACCGAAAUCAAGUGACCCACGCUGCCAGCCCAGCGAGGCCAGUGGGACUGGACCACAGCCCUGCCCAGCUGGGCACCCACUCCCUGCGCCCAGCGUGGAGGAGCAGCGUGUGGCCCCAGCCAGGAUUCCUUAAGUGCCAGUUCUUGGACUGCUGCAGCGCCUGCAGCCUCCAGCUCCCAGGGACACUGUGGUGCCAUGCUGGGGAUGAGGGAGCAGAUUCCCCUGGUGCGGCUGUAGCCACGGGGAGGACAGCGAGGUGCUGUAGCAGGACUGCCAGACAAUAAAGCGUUCAAACUGCCA